UGUUUUGUAGACGACUGACUAAGCUUUAAGCUAAAAGUAACUGAAGUUCAAAAGGAGAUCGCGCUAGAUAAACUAUAUUUCUCCAAUGUUUUUUAAACAAGAGAUAUCUAUCACGCCAGGUGCUUUAAUUUUAUUUAGACGUCGCCAAUUUGAGUAAUUUAUUCUGACCAACCCAUCAUAUACACUGGGACAAUUUUCUUGUUUUGUUCAAAAGAGUGCUUUCAUCAACACAAGCAGUGGAAAGUGAACUUUUCCUCUUCACCUCUGAGGCCCAUUAUAUCCUUAUACACUCAGAGAGAUCACCCGGUGCUAAUGUAUUUUUCUUGUAAGUUUCACAAGUCGUUGAAAAUUUUGACCAAACAAAUAAGGAAGGAAACGAAGCAGCAUAAUCGUUAUGCUUUCCGGUUGUGAACGGUGAAAUGGCGGACGAUCUUAAUUCUAGGAGUCUUCCCCUAAAGAUUGUGGAAGUAAGCUCAUUGGUCAUCUUGAAUGUUUUGUCUUUGACUGGGAACACUUUGGUUUGUAUUUCAGUUUACAGGAACACCAGACUUCGCACGACGACAAACUUAUACAUCAUCGCUUUAGCAGUAAGUGACUUGCUUUCCGCUGUUUUUGUUAUGCCUCUUGGAACUGGUGUACUAAUAACGAGUCAAUGGAGUUUUGGAGAGGUUCUUUGCCAGCUUCAUGGUUUUUUCAGUCUGUUUGUGAUCUACGUUUCUCCUGUGACGAUGGGGCUGACUGCUGUCAACAGAUAUGUCAGAAUGUGCAAAUCUGACCAACAAUACAGAAAAUUGUUUUCAGCGCGCAAGUCACAGGCCCUGCUUAUCAUAGUGUGGUCCUUUGUCGCGUGUUAUGUCCUUGUUCCUCGCCUAACUGGUCUACAAGGCUUUCAAUUUGUUCAAGGCUAUGCGCAAUGUUCUUUGGCUCAUUUUAGCGAAAGCGGGAAAAUGAUUCAUUACGGCAUCGUUCUUACUCUAUUCUUCUUGCUCCCGCUAAUUUCCACCAUUAUCAGCUACAUAAGAGUUGCCAAAAUGAUUAGACAACACAACUUGGGUGCGUUUUCAACGAUUCAGAGAUCUACAGGAAACGUAGCGAUCAGUGCGCACGAAAUAAAAGUGAGUAAAUCGCUCUUCGCUGUUGUGUUUGCGUUUAUGAUCUGUUGGAUUCCAUUUUGGGUGAUUGUCAUCUUGAGGCGCUUCAAUCUGGUGGGAAAAAUGCCUCGCAGUUUUGAGUUACUCUGCAUGUUUCUCCUCUACUUUUCCAACACAAUCAAUCCUUUCAUAUAUGCUGGCAUGAAUCACCUGUUCAAACGAGAAUUCCGAAAAAUACUCUGCUGUGAAAACAAGGGCAGAGUUGGAGUCAGUGCAAUGGGAGAAGGAACACAAAGCGCAAAUGUAUUGGGAAAUACUCUAACAAGUCGAAAAGACAACUAUCACAUUAAUUCAGAUAACAACUAUAAUUACCAAAGCCAAGAAAAUUAUCCAAAUGAAGAACCUGAAAAGUUUGUAGAGCUCAAAGUCACCACAAUAACUACUUGCACAAGCGAAAGAAAGCUUGAAAAAAGUGAUUAAGUGGAGAAUUUAGGUCAAUACU